CUUUCCUUCCAAACAAGCACGUAACUAACACAGCACAAACACAAACGCCUCACUUUAGAAAAUUUCUAUCUUUGAUUUUCUGUUUUCUCUCGGGAAGGAAUUGAAGAAUCUUUCUCGGGUUGGUGAAGAUGAUGUACGAGCAGCAGCAGCAGCAGCAGCAAAUGAGAAUGGACACGAAGAAAAAAGCUGCUAAUGAGAGGAAGAGAUCGAUAGAUGAAGAGAGGCUUGAGAUAGUGGAUUUGAGUGCGAUGUCUCUUGAUGCCCUUCCCAAUCCUUCCCUUAAUUUGGGCUAUUGCAAGCUUGAUCUUUCCAAUAACAACCUUCAGAACAUACCAGAAUCCUUAACAGCAAGAUUACUGAACGUGGUAGUGUUGGACGUGCAUUCAAAUCAGCUGAAAUCUCUUCCAAACUCAAUUGGUUGUUUGUCCAAGCUUAAGGUUCUCAACGUUUCCGGAAACCUUAUUUCAUAUCUACCAAACACUAUCGAAAAUUGCAGGUCAAUAGAAGAGCUGAAUGCCAACUUCAACAAGCUGAGCCACCUCCCAGACACCAUUGGUUUUGAACUUAAUAACCUCAAGAAGCUAUCAGUGAACUCCAACAAGCUCAUCUUUCUACCACGCUCCCUCACCCACCUUACGUCUCUGCGUAUACUCGAUGCUCGUCUCAACUGCCUCAGGUCCCUUCCUGAAGAUCUCGAGAACCUUAUCAACCUAGAAGUUCUCAAUGUGAGCCAAAACUUCCAGUACCUCGAAAUCCUACCAUACUCCAUUGGCCUCCUCAUCUCUCUUGUUGAAUUGGACGUCAGCUACAACAAGAUCACAGCCCUACCAGACUCCAUUGGAUGCCUCAAGAAGCUUCAGAAGCUUAUUGUGGAAGGAAACCCUAUGGUUUCUCCUCCUCCUGAGGUGUUCGAGCAAGGGUUGCAUUCAGUGAAGGAGUACCUUAGUGAGAAAAUGAAUGGCGGCCACAAGACUCCUCUCAAGAAGAAGUCUUGGAUGGGAAAAUUGGUGAAGUAUGGCACGUUCAACGGGGCCAACCGAAGCAGACCGCGAGAGGAGAGAGAAAGGUUCAUCAUGCCCGAGUACCGGUCAUCAAUUGACGGCCUUGCUUCACCGAGGUAUAUGGGGAUGUUCUCACCUCGUCGCCUCUUCUCUCCCCGUACUUACUUCACUCGGUGAAGGGUAAAAAUGUUGAAAACAAUUAAGAAAACGGCGUAUGUUCAUGAAUCAUGAGCCUUAGUACUCAUGAGGAUGGGGUUAAUUUCUAGUGCGCGUAUUUUUGUCUUUGUUUGGCUUGUAAUAUUGGUAAUUCAUGGCGUUGCACGUAUGCAUGUAGGGUUCAUAUACUUAUAGUAGGAUCGCGUAGCUUUGCAUUAGAAAUAGUUGCUAAGUUAUAGGUCUCAUAUAUGUACGUAUCAGUUAUAUAUAGGUAAUGGGGUAUCUGUGGUUACAUAUAUAUUCAUGCUUGUCUAGUUUGUAAAUAAAUUUCAUGGGCUUCAUAUACAGUUUUGA